CUUUGUGUGUAUUUCGUCGGUUUCUUUUUUUGCGUAGGUUUCGUGUUGUGUUAUACUAGUAUGCGAAACCAGUAGAAUAACAUAAUGCUACACUUUGUGCUGUCUUGAGUUCUGCUAUUUAUUUAUUUAUAUUUGUUUUUUGUUGCUUUAAGCCCCAGUCUAGUAAAGGAUCUGACUCCAAGGAUGUUUGAUUUGGAAGGAGGGUGGAAUGUCUCUUUUGCCGGUUGUGGGUUUUUGGGGGUGUAUCACGUCGGUGUUGCAAGUUGCUUUCAAGAAAAAGCUCCCUACCUGAUCAGAGAUGCCAACAAGAUCUACGGGGCAUCUGCUGGUGCCCUAACUGCAGCUGCUCUGGUGUGUGGUGCCUGCCUAGCCCAGUGCUGUGCAGAUGUUAUGGAUGUAGCUAAAGAAGCCAGAAAGAGGAACCUGGGCCCCCUGCACCCAACCUUUAACCUGGUAAAGAUUUUACGAAACGGGCUCUACAACAACCUACCGGAGAACGCCCACGAGCUGGCAACGGGGCGGCUGUGCAUCUCUCUCACGCGCGUGUCCGACGGGGAAAACGUCCUGGUGUCUGAGUUCAGCUCCAAGGAGGAGCUUAUCCAGCGCUACGUAGAUGGCGGAAUCAGCAACAACCUUCCUCAGUACGAGCUGAAAAACACCAUCACCAUCUCACCAUUCUCUGGGGAGAGUGACAUCUGUCCAAGAGACAACUCCAGCAAUUUCCAUGAACUGCGAGUUACCAACACCAGCAUCCAGUUCAGUUUGAAUAACUUCUACAGACUGACCAGGGCACUCUUUCCUCCUGAGCCCAAGAUACUGGCAGAAAUGUGCCAGCAAGGAUACAAUGAUGCACUUAGAUUCCUGAAGGAGAACAAUAUUUUCAGGCUGCACGCCCCUGUCGUUAGCCUAGCGGAGAUGAAGCUCCCUGCACCUACCUGCUUUGUUGGGGAGAGGAACAGCCAGGGAAAACUUGUGGGCAAAAUACCAACUCGAGAGGAGGCCACCAAGAACAGAUUACUAAGAGCCUUUAGUUUCUUGCGCAAACGGCACUGGUCUCUAGAUGAGCAAUUCAUCGAGAAUCUCCCACCCGCGCUCAGAAAAGCUGUUUUCGAUGCCUGCAAGGAAAAGAGUGGUCUCUAUGCUCAGGUUUCCAGCCUGCUGCCCAUCCGUGUGGCAUCCUACAUGCUGCUGCCCUACACACUUCCAGUGGAGUCUGCUUACUCUGUUGCUGUAAGGUUGGUAGAGUGGCUCCCAGACUUUCCUGACGAUGUGCGAUGGUUACAAGAACAACUGCGGCACAUCGCCGGCUCAGUUUAUCAGCAAGCCAUUCAACGAAUGGGGAAACGGCAGUCGAGCACACCCCCUUUACGGAAAUGCAGGAGCCUCCCUCUCUCUUUAGAGAUGGACCAACCCUACCUUGGCCUGGCUGGAUAUCACCAGUUCUCCUCGGUGGACCUGGACAGAUGGUACUUGGACUUCCACAGCCCCCCGGCUCUACUAACCAAACAAGCCCACCUUGGUCUGAUCCCCAGCUCCUCACCCAGGCAGAUCUGCUACUUUGCAAGCUCGCAAGACUCUGAGGCUGAGGUGGGGUUAGAAAACUCUCCCGACACCUGCAAAAAAGUCUUCCAAUUUCGCUUCGAUGAAGUGUGAAAAAAAAAAAAAAAACCUGAAAAUGAACACUAUAUGCAUUUGUGAUUUAUUUCCUCAUGGAGACGUCACAUAUGGUUUCCAUUUGCUCCUUAUUUUAAAGCGAAGAAGACCGAAUGGCAAGGAUGUUACAACAUCGAGGAAAUGUGUCCUUCCUGUACACUAAAUCAAAUGAUCAAUUAUUAAACAGUGGAUCUUCAAAGGGUUGGGUCAUUUCAAAAUCUGCAUCCUGCUAAAGUUUCAUGUAUUGGAUUUAGCAAAAGUAUAAACCACGGCAGCAGAAAAUUCAAAUUUCUCUACCUCAGUUCUGUAUUUAUCAAAUGUAAUUAUUAAAUUUUUUGAUGUACUACAUAAUACUUUAAAAAAGACGUUUUAACUGCAGAUGGUAUCAGAUUUAAUUGGAUUAGCUAAGCUAUUGUCUGUAGGAUUUAUAAGCAUUGCACACAAAACUGUAUUGCCUUUAAGGGCAUAUGGUCCAACCAUUCUGUGCACUUGGCAUCCCACUGCCAAGCAAGGUGUGGCGGGAAGCCAACAAGUAAGCCGAUUUUGAUUUAGAGGAACUAUACUUGAUACCAAUCCUCUUUAAAGUUCAUUCUGGCUUUAAAAUUGGUUUUCCAAAUGUUGUGCAAUGUACUGUCCCAGAAUAUUUCACCUACUUAAGCGAUUUCUUUACCCUAAACUUGCACAACGAAGCAGUAUUUUAUUUUUAUAUAGCUUGUGUAGUAACAGUAAAGCCCAUUGUAGUAUCCUGCUGGUUCUCAGUUGCAUAGAGAAGCAAGAAAUAAAAAUACAGUUUGACCAGGAGCACUCUUUUUCUGGUUCAACCUUGACAAUCGUUUCCAAACUGCUGCCAAAUCUUUUUAAAUGUGUCAUAUUUACAAAGUGUGUCUGUGUGUGUGCAUGUAAUAAAUUAUAGAGAAUUAUUAUAAAAAACUAAAAUAUAUACAAGGUUAAGACACAAUUGGUGUAAACUUCUUUUUAAGAAAUGGUGUAGGUUUGAUUUAUAGUUCUAGAUUUGUUUUUCAUUUUGGAAAUAAAAUUAACGGUGCUUUAAUUUUUCCACAGAAUAAAUACUCUAUUGCAAA